UCAUGAUGUAGAUUCCACACAAACACAGUGAUGCAUAAUCAGUUCUUGACAUAUUUACUUCUUCCUGUGAUGAUUCAUUCAAUUUUGAGUUUUGGCCUUGAAAGAAAUUAUCUGUGUAUCGGUUAUGGACUUUCUAUGAUCUGUUAGUGCUGAGGUCAUGUUGCUUUGCAAUUGUUUUACAAGAAUGGGACCCCCUCAGUUUUAUCUCCACAUUUUUGUCAUGUAUACCUGUACUCCAUCCAUGGGCACAGGCAAAAGAGUCUAACAAGAAUAGUUAAAAAAAAACAUGGCAACUCGACUUAAGGUAUCCUCACAUUUUCAACGAUUACAAUGAUGUGAAGUGGGGUUUUAAUGCACUCUACAUUUUUUUUUUUUUUUUUUUUAAGAUUUCAGAGUACCAUUGUAGUAGGAAUUUCCUCCACCAACAAUCAAUAUUGGUGUGAAUUGGAUGAAGUACCUGCAUGUUUUUCAUUCAGCAAACGGCAGACACAAAUAUAUUGCAAACUAGAGCCUUGGGUAAGAUCUAAAAUGAUAGAAGCAUUAAAAUGCAGCAACAAAGCUGAAAUAUGGAAAUAAUAAAGAUUGUACAUGUGAACUAAGUACACGCUUUGUAUUUACGCAGGAUUUGGGGCAUCAUUUGAGACCUUGAAUACGGCGCCAAAUGGCAAUCCAUUUUUUUCUCUAUGAAAGACAUGCAGUUAUUUGAUACAAUGCAUACCAAUAUGAUUGUCAGUGGAAGGAAUUCCUACUGCAAUGGUAAAUAGGUUAGAUUAGGAUAAAUCAGCACUCAGAUUGGUAGAAGUUAGUCAUAGUAGAACAUUUCAAUUUGAUAUCCUCAACGGUGUUAAAAUGCUAAAAACACACUUCAGACAGUGCAAGUGCAAUUUGUGUGAGGGUACCUUAAUUCAAACUGCUAUAAUUUUGUUAACUUCUGGUGGAAACAACUGAGGGGGACAUAUGGGAAAUUUUCCAGAUUGGAGGUGAUUUAGCAUGGCACGUUUAGAAACUCUAAUUAGGCACACAGAUGACUUGUGGGAAUAUUUGUCAGUGAAAUGUGCCAUGGAAAGUGGGGUAGAUGGCGCCAUUCUAAUCAUUCUAAUUACUGACCUUAUCAAAGGGUGUGUGCCGACCAAAAACGUUCCUUGAUUGUUUGUCGCCUAACUCUUAAACUGUAUCUCUGAUUGAUUAAUAGAGUGGCAAUAUCCUAAUCCUGCACUUGACCUCACUCUCAGGACUCUCGAGUGCUAAUCAGAUAAGUAAAACAAGAAACAUAUCACCAUGUCAACAGUUUCUUGGAGACCUACAAAUAUUAGCAGCAAUGUACAACAUUGUUGCAGUAACCCUCGUAUGAAAUCAUAAGUCUUAUAUUCUGUAAUUGAGCCAUGCUCUUGUAUGUCCGUGUGUGACAUGACCCCUUCCAUAUGAAAUGCCGACAUUACAUAACAGGCGUGGCAUCCACAACGUUAAUUUACUGGGGUCCUACCAACCUGUGUAAUUGUAUUAGUAAUAUUCUAUUCAAUCCUGGGCUGGAGUCAGUUAGACUAGCGGCACCAACGUUGCCAAGAGGCUGCCAGGAAACCAAAACACACAAACACAGAUUCUGGUAUAUCAAUGGUUGUGUGAUUUGAUAUGAUAAAAUAGUUUGACUGUUAAUCUGCAUCACCUCUAUUAUUCCCUACAAUUUGACAUUUUUCCCAUCAGGGUGUUGAUAGUAUAGCUAUACAUGUUAACAAUGUAAUCUUAGAUGAAGAGUAUUAGCAUUAGAUAGUUAGACUUGCGUAACCUUUUUGGCAAAUUGCUGAUUGGUUACCAACUGAAAGGCUGACUGAAUUUAAGGCACGCUCACCUUGUUCCAUUUCCUCACUCAGCAAGCUCAGGUAAAGGCCUCCAUAUUAAUAUAUACUGGCUGUAGAUAAUAUUACUAUACGUCGUUUUGGCUAAAAGUGUCUGCUAACUGAAUAAAUGUAAAAGUAAACAAAGUCUCUUACCAUCUGUUUGUAUUGGUUGAAUAGUAUUCUUUUCACACUGCUUUGAGAAGCUAGACUUUGUAGUGGCUAUAAGACCUGCAUUAUUUUUUGUUUUUGUUGGAUAUCUUGUGAAACAACAAUACUCAAAUGCUUUACACAUUUAUAAUUUUCCAAUGCAAACAUUUGUUAUUUGUGUUUUAUGUAAUUACUUUCAUGUGUAACGAGGUCCAGACUUUUCCUCACAAUCCUUCACUGUUUCUCUUUUCAGACUGAAGCCAUGGACGUAAAAGCCCUUCUUUGUGUCACGGUCACUCUGCUCCUCUGUGGGCACAGCUCUGCGGGGCCAGCAGUUUUCCCCACCCAGACAGGAACUUGCUGGGCCAUGGGCGACCCUCACUUCCGCACGUUCGAUGGCUAUUUCUACAACUUCAUGGGAAACUGCUCCUACACCAUGGCCAAGAACUGCGACAUAGACUACCACCAUCCCCCGUUUGAGGUUGAGGUCACAAACAAAGUCCUGCCUGAUACUCACCUCACUGCAGUUAGCGAGGUCACCAUCCACAUCUAUAGCCUCAAGAUCCAAAUGAUCCGCUCAGAGCUUGGCACAGUAAAAGUCAACGGUCAAGUAUGGAGUCUGCCAGCCUCCUUCGACAAUGGCUUGGGAACAGUCAAGUUGAUGCAGAGUGGUCUCUCAGUGGUGAUGUGGGUGGACUUUGGGAUGACUGUGCAGUACGACUGGCAGGAGUACGUUUCAGUGACCAUGCCCAGCGGCUUCAUGGGGAAAGUCUGCGGUCUGUGCGGGAAUUUCAACAUGAACAAGGAUGACGACCUCGCCAUGUCCAAUGGCACUCUGGUAAAAAGCGUCACUGAGAUGGGUCAGAGCUGGAGGGUACAAGGCGUGAAAGGUGAAGACUUCUGCACGGACGAGUGCACUGGUGAAUGCGCGGAGUGCAGCUUUGGCAAACGCUUGGCCGCCGACAUGUUCUGUGGCAUGAUGACACCCAUUCUGGACCUCCAGUUCAGGGACUGCCAUGCCCUCAUUGACCCCAGUAUCUUCUUUGACAUGUGCAAGUUUGACCACUGCAGGGGCGGUGGACUCAAGGACUACCUGUGCAGGAUCCUGCAGGUCUACACAGAUGCCUGCCAGCGAGCUGGAAUGAAAGUCCAUGACUGGAGACACCUGGCACGCUGUGAUGAUCCUGACUGCCCAGCACACAGCCAUUUUGAACCGUGUGGAAGUGCAUGCACACCAACCUGUGUUGGCAACUCAACAUGUGACCUCCCAUGUGUUCAAGCUUGUAUCUGUGACAAGGGCUACAUACGCAGCGGCAACAAAUGUGUCAGCAAAACCGAGCUCUGCUUAGACAACACAAUAGUUGAAUAAAAAUGUUUUUAUCCCUUA